CUGGUUCCCAAACGACAAGAUGUCAAAUGCAUGCAAAUUUUAAUUGCGUGUUGGUAUAAAGAGUGUGUAUGGUGGAAAUCAAAGAGAAAAUAUAUCUCACAUCCAAUUCACUUGACAAGUGGUCAAAGCAAAGUUAUGUAAAUGAAAAGUUAUGAAGAAUUGGUGAAGAGCAAGCGAAGAGUAAUUAUGGAACUCGUGGCUAUUAAAUAAUCCGAGGCAUAAUAAGAUUCGACAUAACCAACAGUAUCUUCGCGGAAGUCCACAAGAGAGCUUCGCCACUGAGCGCUGGUCUGUCCUAGAUCUAGCAGCCGAAAGCAAUCAUCGAGCUGGCUCGAAUUGAGGCUGUUGCAUUGAGGUGUGGUUCGAACGCCCGAGUACAUGAAAUUAUUUUAUUUUAUCUUGACGAUGACAGUGUGAAGAAAGGCUUCCAAUGUGAGAAAAUAAGUUUCAGUUUGAAUGUGUAUUCUGUUACGCUGCUUUCUAGUGGUGGAUAAAUUAAAUACAAGAAAAGAUGUGAGACUUUUAACCGGUGACAUUUCUGCCCUGUUGAUCUGUUGACAGGUCGAGGAAACAAGCGGAAAACGUGUUCGUUGUAUAAGGCUGCCUUGUGUAAGGCUGUUGACCGAGGCUGAGAAGUUUCUACUGUACCAAUUAUUUUGUCUGCACUGAAAAUUUAAGUGUACUAUGGCGAAGGAACUUUUUAUUAUGUUUAUUUAUGAUACGCAACGUUGUCAAAAAGAAGAUGACGAUCCACAAGAUGCUGUUUUGUAUUUUCAUCCCACUUGGGUCAGUGAUCAGCAGAAAUUGGCACUCUGUGGUCAGCUAAUGGGAGCCACACAGUUUUUUCUUUCAGCCUUCUCCUGUCCUCGAGUAAUCUCACUUAAUAGUGGAAAAUUUGUGGUGCAACAGUUUGGGCAAUACAUUUUGACUGUUGGUACUGAUCGAAACAUCCCAGAUUGGAUCCUGCAACAUCGGGCAGAUACCCUUCAUAGUUUACUGCAAUUUUACCACAAAGAUUUUGAUUCAAUUUCUUCAAAAUGUGCUGAAGAUGAGUGCCGGUAGUGUUUUUUUGGAGGCCCUGCAGAUUCUUCAGUGUUUUCAAGCAAAAGGAGUUUUGGGUGGAACAGUUCUGUACCAAAACAAAGUUGUAGCAACCCAGUUAAGUUCAGAUCUUACAAAAAGACUUGUAUCAACAGACCCAUAUCGAAUCAAGACCACUGCUGAAUCUGUUGUGACUCCAUUUCAUUUACCAGUUGGUGUUCAGUUGUUUUAUGUAUAUGUGCCAAAUUCUGAAUACAAGAAACUUUCUCAAGAAUCAAGUAACAUGAAAUCUGCUCUUCAAAGUGCACCUCUUCAGAAGACUCCCCAAAGAAAGAUUCAUCAAGGGAAAACAACUGCAGGAAAAGAGCAAAUGGCAAUGAAGCGUGACACUUCAAGAAUUUUCACUGUCCCAGAAGAAGAUGGAGAAUUAGAUGAUGUUCAUUCAGAGAAAUUAGAAAGUGUUAGCGUGUCACAAUCAAAAAAUAUUCCAGAUCUCGAAGCAGUUAGUGAAAUAGAUUCAGGAAGUAAGAUAGAAGAUAUAGAUUUAGUUAGCAAGAUUAGUGAAAUAGAUUCAUCAAGCAAAGAGGAAGCAGAUUCAGGAAUAAAGGUAGAUGAAAUAGAUUCUGGAAGUAAGGCAGAAGAAAUAUCAGGGAUGGAAUUUGAAAGAAACUUGGAAAUUAAAACUAAAAUUCCAUUAGAUGACUUGAAUAUAAAUAGAGUCUUGCAUGCAAAAGUGCUCUCUAUUUGUUGUGAGGGUGAAAGUGAUAUCAAAAAAGGAGAAACCAAAAGUAUAUCAAAAAAGCAGGCAGCUAAGAAACUAAAAUCUAACUUACGAGGAAAUAGAUUGGGAAUGAAGCAGGCCAUUAACUAUGAUCGUGAAACUCACAGUUCUAGUUUAAAUGAUUUGUAUGGUUCUAGGCCAGCUUCAAAAGCAAUACCAAUUCGAUGUUAUAGCUUUGGUUUGCCACAGAUAACUCAUGAAAUGUGUGAUGAACAUGCUAAUAGGGAAGAGGAAAAAGUUUCAGCAGAAAAGUAUUUUUACAAUACUAUUGCAGACCCAUUGCAUCCAUGUUUUCGAAAUGAUGGACUUCCCAUUUCUAGAUCUUUAUUUCAUGAUUAUGUUGCUGAUCAUUAUGAUUUACUGAAAACUGAAAGAAGUGUAGAUACUAGCCCUAUAGAAAAUACAAGUGAAAGUUUCCCAUCUGUGUCCGAAACAGAAGGACAAAAUAAUGACAGUGUCGAACAAAUAGAACCCCAAAUACUUUCUAAACCUAAUGCUGUUGAAAAUCCACAUGUCAAUAUCCGAGAGAAGGAUGCUGUCUCGCUCAAGCAGGAGGUAUAUAGGCGCUCACUUAGUUUACCCCUUAAAACUACUACAUCAGAUGGUGGUAAUAAUACUGUAAAUGAAAAUGAAGUGGCAGUGAACAGCAAUAAAACAUCAUGGGAUAAAUUUGGAGCUUUAGAGUCGCCUCUAGCAAAACCAAGGCAGUUCUCAAAUUUACAAUUGACUCCUCUAAUGUCAAAAUUAAGUAUUUUAGCAAUGGAAGAGAAAUCUGGUCUUCCUUAUAGUCGAGAAACAACACCUUGUGAUGUAAGAGAACUGUAUAUUCCCGGAAGAAAUGGAGAUAAUAAACCAUCACGUAGGCCUAGUGUUUGCAGGAGUGAUACAAAUGAUGCCAACCAUACAAAAAUAAAUGCUGUUCCAGAAACUGAGAAAGCUGUUUUGUAUGUUUGUGGACAGCAGAAUAUGGCUUUAUUGCUUCUUUUGGAUGAAAAAUUGGGACAAGAUCCAGAACUCAUACAUUUUCUGUGGGAAACUAGUUUGAGUGGGCUUACUCAGCUGGAGACACACCUUCAUCACUCUUUGGAGCACCUUCCACAAGGGGAUGGAAUGGAGCCCUACAGCUACAUCUGCCUGGAUCCAAACUGGGACAUGCUGCAGAGGGGCGGGUCUUGGGGGGCCUUGGAAUUGGAUGUGGUCAGCUGCUUACAUUACGACUUCUCACGCUCUUCUGGGCUUACCGAAGUCGUUCUUAGAUGUGAUGACAGUACUGUGUAUGGCUACCAAUGUGGCAGAACAGAAGUGUUCUACCAACAACCUGUUGGAAGCACGCCUGGCCUUCCUACCCCUGCAGACCUCAUGGGAACAGUGCCACUGAAAGCAAAGAGAAGACUGGAGAGGGACCAUGGGAUUAUUCUCCUUUGAGUAGCUUUAUUACAGUCAUUUUUUAAGUAGUACAAAUGUAAAGCUUCAGAUUUCAGUGUAGCUAUUUCAAUGUACAGAACUUUUGCUUGCUCAGAUUCAGGAACUAUCUUGCAUGAGGAAUAUUGUAUAUAUUGUUAAAUGUAUAAAAUAUAUUUUCGUAGAUUUUUAAAUUUUGUUAUUGCUUCUUUUCAACUAUGAAAUUGAAGGUGUUAAAAACAUUGAUUUUAUCAAAUAUGUGAUACAAUAAUCUAAAAACAGCAGUAUGUGGUUAAUAGAUGGGCUCUAUGUUGGUAGCAAUUACUAUGUGUGAUCUUAGCAAUAUUGUAAUAGUAGCUUAUUGAAUUGUCAGUAUAUACUCGAUUUUCUCUUAUAAAGAAGUGAAAAUGAUAAAGUUAGUACUUAACAUUCCAGUUUGCAAAGUGCAGCAGUGUUUGUAUUGAAUAGUAUUGUCUGGUAAUAUUGAUAAUGUAAAACAUUUUUAUUUAUUAUUGAUUUUAGGGUUAUUUAAUUUUAACCUUCAAUCAGAAAAAGCACUAUCACCAUUUACAUUUAAUUUUAUUUUGCAAAUAACGAUAAAAUUUUGUAGUAAAAUUCCUCUUGGUUGUGUGAAAGAUGUGAGCAGUUCCUCUUUUUUUAACUUUGAAAGAACGCAAUGGCUUUCAGUUAUGAGUAAUAGCAACUAAUGUGAUAUUUUAAUUUGGAGUAUUAUUUUUUAUAUUGUUAUAUUUUGAUGACAUAGCAAAAAUCUUUAUUUAUUGCUCAGAAAUAAAAUUAUUAGAACAUUGCAAAUCAGUAUUUGUUUUUCUUAUUGGUGUAUUUCCCAAAAUAUUUUAUUAAAGUCAGCUUAUUGUUCUCUAACAAAAAUUCAAUGAUUUGGUUGAGUGUUCAAUGUGAUAAAAUUCAAAAGAGAAAAUAAAACUGAAGUGUAAGUUUCUUAUUUCAAAGAGCAGCUGGAGAAAUCUGUUGUAGAUAAAAUUGGUCUUAUGUAGUACUCUUGAGACACAUUGAGGACAAUUCGAGAUGGAAAUUUUAUGCUCUCAAAUCUUAAGAAAUAUACAGACCUGGAUUAAUGUCUUAGAAAGCCCUAAACUUGGUUAAAGUUGGGCCUCCUAAAAAGAUACAUUAGGAUACCUAUCUGCAACCAGAAAAUAUUAUCACAGACAGUUUGUACUUUUAGAGAUAUAAGUACAUGAAGACGAGCAUAGUCUAAAAUUGAUUUAUAGAUACAAGAUUCAUGUUAGAUGAAGGAGAAAUGGAAAAUUUGCAAAUCGAUUUCAAGAAUCUGCUUCGCAAAGUCUGGGAUCAAUAAUAAUUAAAAUAGUAAAUAUUUUCAGUGUGCAUUUUGGCUAAAUAAUUUUAUUUUCAUACUGAUUUUUUGAAACAGUUAAUAAUGUGAAAUCAAUUGCAAAUUAUUAAAGUCAUUUUUAAUGUACUGAGUUUUAUAAUUUGAUUAAAUAAAUUUAUUAUA